UUCAGAGGCAGCAUUUAGUUUCUGUAUGACUUUGUAGUGAACAGGUUUCAAAAAUGAAUUUACUAAGUUUGUCUGAGCCAAGAGAAACACAUUUUGCACAGUCUUGUGUCCUGGUGUUGGCUGAUUAUGGGACUGCGUGUGACUUUUUGAGCAGUGGUAGAGGUGAAAGGAGAGACUGACAGGUAAAAACAGAGGAAAGGAAAAGAAGGAGGUGAAGACAGAGGGGAAAGGGUAAAUAGAAAGGCGAGAAGGGAAAAGAAGGGUCUGAAAAGGAGUAUAAUGAAGAAAGAGGCCCAAAACUAGUCUGCAGCAAGCUGAUUUUCUACUUUGGACUGACCCUGCUCCGGACUCUGAGCCCUUCAGGCUGCCUGGAACUGAAUGGUCCAGGAAGGCCAAAGGUCCACUCUGUGCCUCUCCUGAGUGACUCCUCCUAGGAGAGAUAACCAGCUCUCCAGCCACUCCGGGAUCCAACUUCUGCUCUGCCCUGGUUUGAAGCAUCACAGAGCUCCGGAAGACUCGACUCCUGUGGCCAGUCCAGAGGGAUCUGCACCAAAAGGCUUACUGUGUCACUCAAGACAGGGCUGAAAGAGAACACAGACUCAUAUGGAGGUACACAAAGCUGAAGUUACUAUGGAGAACCAUGUCACACAGAUUUCCAGAGAGGACCUGGAAGAGCUCAGAGAGGCUUUUAAUAGAAUUGAUAUUGAUAACAGUGGCUAUGUGAGCGACUUUGAGCUCCAGGAGCUGUUCAGAGAGGCGAGUUUCUCCCUGCCGGGGUACAAGGUGCGAGAGAUCAUGGAGGCCUUCAUCGCUGGAGACACCAACAAGGACGAGAAGAUCAGCUUUGAGGAGUUUGUUUCUAUCUAUCAAGAGCUGAAGAGCAAAGAGUUCAGUGAGACGUUUAGGAAAACCAUCACAAGGAGAGAUGGGAUUCGCUCCUUCGGGGGAUUGUCAGGAAUCUCCAGCGAGGGAACGCAGCACUCCUACUCUGAUGAGGAGAAGGUAGCAUUUGUCCACUGGAUCAACAAAGCCUUGGCGAAAGAUCCAGACUGCCAACACCUGCUGCCCAUGAACCCUGACGAUGAAAGCCUCUUCACCUCUGUCCGCGAUGGCAUCCUGUUAUGCAAAAUGAUCAACCUGUCUCAGCCUGACACAAUUGACGAAAGAGUUAUCAACACCAAGAAACUUUCCACCUUCAAAAUGACAGAGAAUCUGGUCCUGGCUCUGAACUCAGCCUCAGCAAUCGGCUGUACGGUGGUGAGCAUUGAUGCCCAUGAUCUGAUGGCUGGGAAACCCCAUCUGGUCCUCGGACUGCUCUGGCAGAUUAUCAAGGUUGGCCUCUUUGCUGACAUAGAAAUCAGCAGGAACGAAGGUCUGAUUGGCCUUCUGACAGAAGGGGAGCAUCUGGACCAUCUGAUGUCCCUCUCCCCUGAGGAGCUGCUGCUCCGCUGGGUCAACCAUCAUCUAAAAAACGCAGGAACAAAGACCAUUUGCAAUUUUAGUGAAGAUAUUAAGGACUCGCGAGCCUACUUCUACCUGUUGGACCAGAUUGCUCUUCAAGGAGAGCACGACUACAAAAUGAUUGUCAAAAUUGACAUGAGCGGCCUCAAUGAACCUGAUUUGGACCAAAGAGCUGAGCUGAUGCUGCAACAGGCGGCCCGGCUGGACUGUAGACAGUUUGUUUCUCCUCAUGACGUCACGUCUGGAAACAGUAAACUCAACUUGGCCUUUGUGGCCAACCUGUUCAACAUGCAUCCUGCUCUGCAGAGGGCUCACAGCAACGGCGUAGAGACUACACAGAUAGAGGCUGAGUCCAAUGAAGAGAAAACAUUUCGAAACUGGAUGAACUCUCUGGGCGUCUCUCCGUAUGUCAACCACCUGUACUGUGACCUGUGUGAUGGUUUGGUGAUCCUGCAGCUUUAUGAGAAGGUCAAUGUGCCUGUGAACUGGAAGAGAAUCAACAACCCUCCUUAUCCUGUCCUGGGGGCCAAUAUGAAGAAGCUAGAGAACUGUAACUAUGCAGUGGAGCUGGGCAGGGAUGUAGCUCACUUCUCUCUGGUCGGCAUUGGAGGAGAGAACUUGAAUGACGGGAGUCCAAUGCACACCCUGGCGCUGCUCUGGCAGCUGAUGAGGAGGUACACAGUGCUUGUUUUGUCAGAUUUGGGUGAUGGAGAGAAGGUGGGAGAUCAGAUUAUCCUCAAUUGGGUCAACACCACCUUGAGCCAGAAACGCAAGGACACACAGAUCAGCAGCUUCAAGGACAAACUGAUCAGCACGAGCCUGCCAGUGAUUGACGUGAUCGACGCCAUCGCUCCUGGUACAGUCAAAUGGGACAUGGUGAAGAGAGUAGAGAGGGGAGUGCUGAAGCAUGCCGAUAAACUCAGCAACGCUAAGUAUGCGAUCUCAUUGGCUCGCAAGAUUGGAGCUCGUGUCUACGCACUGCCUGACGAUUUGGUGGAUGUGAAUCCCAAGAUGGUGCUGACCCUGUUUGCCAGCCUCAUGGGCCAUGGUUUGAAAAAGGCCAACCGCUGAAAAAGACAUGAACAAACCAUCUGGAAACCAACCACCAAUAUGCGUUUUGUUUCUAUGCAUUUUUUUGUCUUUUUGUUCCAUCUUUUUCUUAUCAAUGUAAUUUCUUUUCUUUGACUUUUAACCUUGCUCCAAACAGAGCAAGACAAUCUGUCAGUAUUUGUUAUUCUUUCAUGAUAACAACUUGAGCCUACCUAAAGUUGGAAAUCUUUUCUCAUCAGUGAAGCCACUGCAUUUUGUUUGCUCAGAUUUUAUAGAACAAGCUCCUAAUUGCUCUUUGUUAUAUUAUAUUUAAUAGGACAUUACAUUUAUUUAAUCCUUCUGCUAAGUGAACAAUAAAGGAAAACAGCAGAAGAAAUGCAUAAUCAUACACACACAUCUAUCCUACAUGUCUGUAAAUGUUGUGCAUUGAAUAUUGCUUUUUCAUUAUUAAAAAACAAUCUACUAGAUGUACUUAA